AUGAAGUUCUCCCUCCUCGGUGUCAUUGCUCUCUUCGCGGCGGCGGCCACCGCCCAAACCAACAACGCCAUCGCGGUCAUCGACAAUCGCGUUCGUUCGCUCCACGAGGUGUCUGAACCCGAAGGCGAUGCCGACGUCAACGCCACCGCCAAGGUGUAUCAAGGCGAUGAGGACAUCGAUGCCAACCGGGCUUGCCAGGAACAAAACACCAACUACAUCCCGUCCCUCAAGGCCGGGCAGUACUCGACUAGUGCGUUCCACAACUGCUUCCGCACCAUCCAACAAAUCUACGAGUUCACCAAUGCGUUGGUCGCCCAAAACCCGACUUUGUUGACCAGGUUUGCCAUCUCCAAGACGAACUGGAACAACACGAUUUACGGGUUCAAGUUGUCCAAGGGCAAGGGUCACUCGCAGUCGCUGUACUUUCAAUCCCAGCUACACGCCCGCGAAUGGGCUGCAGUGUCGUCGGUUGUGUUCUCAUUGGCGUCGAUUCUGGAUGACAUUGCAAACAAGAAACCCACGGCCGCCGACGAGUACGACUUGUACUUUGUGCCGAUCGUCAACGUCGACGGCUACCUCCAGUCGUGGAAGAGCGGCUAUCGAUUCCUGCGCAGGAAUGUGAAUGGUGUCGACUUGAACCGCAACUGGCCGACUCCCUACGUGAACCCCAAAAACAUUACGAAAAUUAACGAGACGUACCCCGGACCUAACGCGUUCAGUGAGCCUGAAACCGCGGGCAUCAAUGAUUGGUUUGAAACCAAGCGCGAUGAAAUCCAAGGGUUCCUCGACAUUCACACGUACGGGGGGCUCAUCUUGUACCCAUAUGGGGACAAUAACCAGACCAUCGGCGGGGGGUUUGACGAGAAGUACCAAGUCCUCGGCCGUGGAUUGCAAAGCGCGAUGGGGGAGUACAAGCCUGAACCGUCGUACACAUUGUACUUGUCGUAUGGGACGUUCAUAGAUUACGUGUUCCGUGAGUUCAAAAAGCCCGCCCUGACGAUUGAAAUUUUUGGCCGUACAUUUAACGUGAGCGCGUCGACCAUCCCGGCACGCGGCCUCGAAGUGUACAAAGGCAUCAACCAAUUCGCCAAGGAAGUCGCCGUGUUCAACGGCGGAGACGUCAAGCCCAUCAAGACGUCGUGUGGCGAUUAG